AGUGAUUCCGGUCGGUUGUCUUCCAAGUUCGUUCGCUGAAGACUCCGGAGGAUUUCAAGUGCACAGGUUGGAUGGUGUAGUUACUUGUGUCCGUCUGCGUUGUGAUAUACUUUAUUGUGUCUAGAGCUCUUGGUUCAAGAUGUCCGCAUCACCGCAUCAUCAAACGGAAUUCUUGAAUGGACCAGAUCAGCUCAUACCAUGUAAUGUUCUGAAGACAUGGGACCCCAAAGGUGCAGUUAAGCUGGGUAUUGGAAAUGAAGGAGUGUCUGCCCAUCCCCCAAUUUCUGUACCCUCUUUCCUAAAGAGGUCUGCUGAUAAAUAUCCAAAUGUAACCGCGCUGGCCGUCAAAAGAAAUGGGGUGUGGAGAGAAAUAACUUUCAAGAACUAUUACGAACAAGUUAGAACUCUGGCUAAAGCUUUCAUCAAGUUAGGCCUAAAACAGUUCCAUGCAGUGUGUAUCCUUGGUUUCAACUCACCGGAAUGGUUUAUUUCUAACCUUGCUGCUAUAUUUGCAGGAGGUGUUUCAGUCGGUGUAUAUACAACUAAUUCCCCAGAAGCUUGUGCUCAUUGUGCUCGGAGCAGCAAAGCGCAGAUCUGGGUUGUUGAAGACCAGAAACAACUUGACAAGAUUUUGAAAAUUCGAGGAAAUCUGCCUUACUUGAGUACCAUUAUUCAGUAUUUAGGAACUCCAACUGUGGAAGGCGUUUUAAGCUGGGAAGAAGUUAUGGAUUUGGGAAGACAACAACCGGAUACAGAACUCGAAGAGAAACUGCGCCGUAUCGCUAUUAACCAAUGCUGCACUCUGAUUUUCUCUUCUGGAACCACUGGCUUACCUAAAGGAGUGAUGCUUAGCCAUGACAACUUGACAUGGACCGCUCAUGCCAACUCUAUCAAUAUUGAUCUCGUCACUGGAAAUGAGUCGGUUAUCAGUUUCCUGCCCUUAUCACACGUUGCAGCACAAAUGGCUGACUUGUACAUAUGCAUGUAUUUAGGUGGUACCUGCUACUUUGCGCAACCAGAUGCUCUGAAAGGGACUCUAGGUACUACUUUGAAAGAGAUUCGUCCGACAGUUUUAGUUGGUGUCCCCCGUGUAUGGGAAAAGAUGUAUGAAAAAAUCACAGAAGCUGAAAAUAAGAAUAAAGGCAUUAAGAAGUCUCUUAUUACUUGGGCAAGGUCCAUUGGCCUAGCUGCACACGAUCACAAUCAGUUGCAAAACUUCAGAAAACCGUUAGGCUUUCCUGUUGCAAAUGCACUAGUUUUCAAAAAGGCUAAAAAGGCCUUAGGUCUCGAUAGGUGCAAAGUUUUCAUCUCUGCUGCAGCUCCUAUAUCGCCAGACAUUGUACAGUAUUUUCAUAGUCUAAAUAUCACGCUCACCGAGGUCUACGGCACGUCUGAGUCUACUGGUCCUCACACGAUAGGCCUUUCGAAAACCUUCAGAGCAGGCAGUUGUGGAAUAACCCCACCAGGGUUUAAAACAAGGAUUGUCAAUGUAGACAAAGAUGGCAAUGGGGAAAUAUACUUGGGAGGCCGCAACAUUGCAAUGGGAUAUCUGAACUUGAAGGAGGAAACCAAUGAAGCCAUAGAUGACGAGGGGUGGCUCCAUACCGGUGACAUUGGUUGUCUAGACGAGCACGGCUUCUUGUAUAUCACAGGCCGUAUAAAGGAAAUAGUCAUCACUGCCGGGGGAGAGAAUAUAGCGCCUGUACCUAUAGAAGAUGCUGUUAAAGCGGAACUUCCUUGUAUCAGCAACUGCAUGCUCAUCGGGGACAAGAGAAAGUUCUUGUCGAUGCUCCUGACGCUAAAGACAGAGAUGGACUUGGACACCGGAGAGCCACUGGACGCGCUGGCCCCAGCGGCUCUGGAGUGGUGUCGCGGCGUCGGCUCUCAAGCUCAAACGGUGCAGGAAGUCUUACUGCUUUCAGAUGACCUCACGACAGCGAUCCAUGAGGGCAUUGAAAGGGUAAACAAAUCUGCCAUUUCCAACGCCCAAAGGAUACAGAAAUGGGUGAUCUUGCCGAAAGACUUUUCCAUACCUGGAGGCGAACUUGGCCCAACCAUGAAGAUGAAGAGACACGUCGUUCUUCAGAAACAUGGCGAUGUCAUUGAGAAAUUCUACGCAUGAUUCUCAUUAUACUUUUCUACAUAAAAAGAAAACUCAUUUGGCGUUAACACGGCUCAAAUCAAGGAAAGCAGAAAUUAUAUGUAGGACAAUCAUUUAGAAGUAAACUAAGCAUCAUACUUAUUGUGAUAUAGGUAUAAAGUCUUUGCUUUUUCGAUGAUUACGAGUCAUGCGCAGUGAAGUUCUUUAUUAGAAAAGGGAAAUUUAUGGAACAGAUUAUUUUUGAACUGGAAUCAGAAGUGUU